AUGCUCAGAAGAGAUGGCAAGGUUCUGACGCAGCUGGAGCAGGAGGCCCAGGAGGACGUGCAGCGCUACGAGGACAGAUCGCUUGUGCGAGCCAGAAAGGAUCCGAUCCCAAUGCCUGAUGUUGAUAAUUUCACGACCGUCAUCAUCAGCAUCAGGCUUAUCCUGGUACUCAUCCGAACCACCGCUAUUCAUCCCAUCUUCAUGCUGCUCACAAUAGCCGUUCGAGCUAUGAAUGAGACGAAGUGGGAGCUGCAAAGGUCCAUGCAGCAGAUGGAGGCUCCAGCCUUGGCUCGCUUGGAAGGAGAGUUGCUUGUUGUUGGAUCGCUCAUGCGCCAGGCUCCGAAGAUUGAGCGUGCCCAGCAGACCUUGGCCAAUGCGCAGACGCGGGCCAUUCAGGCAACGCGAGGGGGUACACUCGGAGUGAGCAUUAGCGCUAAGACGCACAGCCACUACUUUCAUCGCACAGAAGCGGCCAAGAUGUUCCCCACCCGCGAUAUCACCAGCCAGCAGAAUCCAGCAGACGUGCCUAUGCUUGUUCCACAGUUCUACGCGCAGGACGUGCUGCCCCUCUUCGAAAACCUCUGUGCAGAGCGUGGUGUCGCCAUGCCUUCGCGGCCGCCGCCCGGAAUGCAAGCAAGCGGAGGUGUCUGCAAGUCGAACAUCAUAGACUCCCAUGAGCUAAAGCCCCCGAGCCCAGCUUCGCCAGGCCAUCAGCCGCCUCCCGCCCGGGCAGUGGCCGAUGAGGUGACUUUGGGAGAGGGGAUGGCGAAAAGUCUCGCGCUCUCCCUGCCUCCUCUGCUGCUGGGCUCACGGAGCAGGCCAAGGCGGCGACUUCUAGAAGAAGCAGGUGUCGAGUUCGAGGUGAAGAUCUCCCAGGUCGACGAGAAGUCCCUGGGCGACCGGGCUUCCGGCGACGCAGAGACGUUGGUUCGCCUGCUGGCCACCGCCAAAGCCGAUGCACUGCUCGCGAAUCUCGACGACCCCUCGCGACGGCUUCUGCUCACUGCAGACCAGGUAGUCACCUACGAAGGCCAGAUACGCGAGAAGCCGGAGAGCAUGGAAGAGGCACGUGCCUUCCUAGCCUCCUAUGCCCUUGCACCAUGUCGGACUGUCGGGGCCCUUUGCCUCCACGACCUCUCCUCACGACAGCGAGUUGUGGGAGUCCAGGUGGCAGAUAUUUUCUUCAAGCCAAGCAUCGCCAACGAGGAUGUUCUCACUGAGCUUGAGAGUGAGACCGCACUCCUGGACUGUGCCGGUGCCUUGAUGGUGGAGCACCCGCUGAUAGAGUGCCACGUCGAUAGGGUGGAAGGUGGCUUGGACUCCGUCCAGGGACUCUCGCUGCCGUUGCUGCGGGACCUUUGGGGGCAGCUCCAGGAUGCUGGCGGCCAAGGCUCACCGAGCCCCUGA